AUGGUCGAGCGGCGCGGCACGGGCAAGGUGUAUGCCCUCAAGUAUAUCUCCAAGGCUCAAGUGAUACGAAUGGAUGCCGUACGGAAUAUCCUACGAGAGCGACAAAUCCUGGAGACUCUUGACCACGCGUUCGUCGUCAACAUGCGCUUUGCGUUUCAAGACGACGAGUACAUGUACAUGUGUAUGGACCUCAUGAUGGGAGGUGAUUUGCGUUUCCACUUGAACAGGAAGCAGUUCGGAGAGGACGUGGUCCGGUUCUGGAUUGCAGAGCUUUGCUCAGCAUUGACACAUCUCCAUUCACAAGCGAUCGUGCAUCGGGAUAUCAAACCCGACAACGUACUCCUGGACGAGAAGGGCCACGCUCAUCUAACCGACUUCAACAUUGGAUGCAAGCUCACAGCUGAGAAGCCCUUCCUGACGUCGCAAUCGGGUACUGUCGCCUAUAUGGCUCCUGAGGUCUUUGGACGGCAUGGAUAUGCCACCAGUGUCGAUUGGUGGGCCAUUGGCGUCCUCUUUUACGAGUGCAUCUACAACAAGCGGCCUUUCCAAACCGACACCAUCUCCGACCUCAAGAAAGCUAUCCCCACCCAGACAAUUGAGUUCCCAGAGAAGGAGGGUCUCUCCAAAGAGUGCAUCUCUGCCAUGCGGGGGUUCUUGACAAGAGACCCAAAGGAAAGACUGGGCAUUAAGGGAGGCAUGGAGGGCAUCCGUCAACACCCAUUCUUCCAGGCAGGAGCAUACCAAACCAACCCCGACAAUUGGUGGUACAUGUUGGAGACCAAGCAGCUGACGCCCAAAUUCCAACCCUCGUCCGAGAACGUUAACUUUGACGCCACCUACGACUUGGAGGAGCUUCUCCUGGACGACGACCCCCUGACCUACCGCUCUACACGGAAACGCGCCCAGAGGAUGCAGAAGGAGAAGGACAAGGCAAUCAAGGAGGAGAAUGCACGCAUCAAGGCCGAACAACAGCAAGAAGCAUUAGCAGCAGCGGCGGCUGAACUGACCAUGAGCUCCUUGGCCUUGGACGACUAUUAUGUUGUGCAGAACAACAUCAAGGAGAAUGGGACGUUCCCUCAGAAGCUGGAGAAGCACUCGAGCAAGAAGCUGGCCAAGAAGCGAUCCAAGAUCUAUCUCGGAGGCGGGGCCUCUGUUGGGAACAAGGUCGAUAGCGAGAGCAGCUCGGGCAACAAUAGCAGCAGCCAGAUCCAUCUAUCUCAACAACCUGCUAUGCCGCAACAGUACAACAGCAACCAUCAUGGACAGUAUGCGCAAGGAGAGCAUGUGAACGGAUCAGGAGGACGGGGGACGAUGCCUAUACCUGCCAACGUACCUUUGCAGUUCCCGGCUCUCCCACCUCCGUCUGCUUCGGCCCAUUCUGCACGAAACAUGCACCACCCUCAGCUCUAUCAAAACGGCGGAUACAGUCGGCAGCAUGCGGGCACAUCCUUGCCUCCUCCACCCAGCCAAGGCCUUCCCCUGAACCCGACCCAGUUGAGCCAGGCCACCAACGGCAAUAAGCACUCUCUCGAUAGCAGCAGCAAUCACAAGGGCGGACACUCCAUCACCACCGCGGGCGGAGGCGUACAGAGUGGAAGCACCUCGACUGGAUACAGCUACUCGACAUCAGGAACUCCUGGGCAGGGCGUCACUGCCAUCUAUCUCUCCAAGCCAGCGAUUCCUUCGUCGAACGGUACCUAUGUGUCGUCGUCUUAUAAGGGAUCUUCUGGAGGACCUGUGCCGGCCAAGAGUCCAGGAAGGAAGGCAGCCUAUUGCGUGGAGGAUGACAUGAUGGGCAAGAGCUAUCCUGGAUCGGCAUCCCAACUAAUCCAGCAGCAGUACCAGCAGAGGCAACAGCAACAACAGUUUACGUCAACGUCCACAUCGUCGUCGUCAUCCAUCGGUGCACCCAGUUCAUUACCCCAUCCUCUCCCAUCACGGAGUCAACACAAACACAUACCACCACAACACCAGCACUACCAGCACCACCAACAACAGUACAACCAGCAACAAGUUCCCAUGCAACGCCAGGUUUCACCAUUGCUCGUUGCAGCCACCGAGGUCGCAGCAGCCAAGGCAGCACCGAUCGGCAGUGACCCCAAGGACGCAACCGCCUCGGCCAACAUGUCCAAGAAGGAAAAAUUUUCCCACCAGAUGGCGAUGAUCGACCGCGAGUUCUUGACGUUCGACUACACUGUCUACGAGAGCUACCAUGGACUGGUCGACCCCCUCACCAUGUCUGUUGGCGAUCCACCAGAGUGGGUCCGCAGCCGCGACCACUAA